AUGGUGGGGGUGCUCCACGUGGUGGGGUUCCUCUACGAGGACCGCCCCGCCCGCGAGGCGACGGCGCGGCUGUACGCCCACCUUCUCGCCCACUAUCGCUUUGAGAUGCUCGGGGAUGUGGUCGGGAUGCUCCGCGACGCGGCGGUCCACGCCGGCGGGCCCGACCCCGGGGGUUCCGAACCCCCUAAACCCCCUCCCCCCUCCCCUUCGCGGGAUCCCCUCGGCCGCGCCUUCAGCCUCGACGCCGAGGCCGAUGGGAUGGACGCGGUGGUGGCGCACCUCCUCGAGCCCGGCGCCCGGCGAGAGGGCGAGGAGGGGUGGCCGAUCCUCGACGGCGAUCCGCGGCUGCAAUGCCGCGUCCUGAGCGGCGUCUUCGCGGUCCUCCCUCGCUGCGAGGCGGCCCUCGCGGAGCGGCUGGGGCGGGUCGCGUUUCAUUUCCUCCGCCCACCCCCCGCCAACGGGGGGUUCGCCGCGCCCUACGGCGUGCGCAAACACGCCGCGUUGGCGAUCCGGGCGCUUUUCCGACGCUUCCACGCCGCCGCCGGGGCGGUGCUUCACGAGCUGCUGUUUCGCUGCCGGGAGGGGAUUUUGUCGAAAAAUCAACUCGGCUGCGCGACGAGUCUGCUCGCCCUCGCCGAGGCCGGCGAGGCGGCGCCCGCAGUGGAGGCUCGCGUCGUGUACACCUUGUUGGAAUGCUACGCCACGCGGGGGUUUGCGUUUCGCCCGAUGGUGCUCGAAUGCCUCGAGCGCCUCGCCGGAUGUCCGCCGUUUUCUCGCACGUCGUUGAUGGCGAUGGGCGACGUUCGCUCAGGCGACGCCGCCUACGCGAGGCUCUGCGCGCACCACAUCGAAACCCUUCUGUUUUGGUGGAUUUAUCGCGAUCGCCAUCCGGUGGAGGCGCUGCCGGCGGAGUGCUUUGGAUUUUCCACCGUUGAAGACGUCGUGCGGGCGAAUCUGCCGCAUUUCGUUCCCCUCGCCACCCUGCUUGAAGGGGGGGGGAACCCAGUGGCGAGGGAAAUCGCGAAAAAGAUGCGGAGCCGGAUCGGCAAGCGCAGGGGGGUUCUUCCCCUCCGCCUUUCUCGUUAUUCGAGUGGUGUGCGAGGCUGUUUUACCCGACGAUUCGACCUUUGCUGA